UAGUGGAAGAUGUCCGAUGAAACGAACGGGACAAACGCUCGUCUCUAUUCUCGCAGGAUUGUGAUAUGAUGAAGCUACAAGGCCAUGAGGAAAUCAACACUGACCACAGGGGAGAGGGCUGACAACCUAGAACAGGUGAAGAAACUCACCAAACAUGUGAGUGAUUGUGUUCGUCGAGCAAAUGCAGCUCUGGGUGAGGCAGGGGUUGUGGCGGCCCUCUUCAGUCCUCAGGCUGUAGCAGUGCGGGCCAGACUGAGGGAAGCGUGUGAAAAGGUGAUCACGAUGGCGCCAGGACCUCAAGCACGUCGCAUGGAAGAGAUUCUUUGGCGGAAAGUCUACUACGAGCCUUUGACUUCUGCAAAGAAAAUCAGGAAGGGCACAGCAUGGUCAAGCACAGAAGCAUGCUGGGUUUAUGGCCAUUUAUGGACUGGUCUAGCAUACUACCAUCAGCUGCUGCAUACAUUAGCUCAGGCCCACCACUUAGACCGAGGCUUGGCUGAUCUACUCCCAUAUCCGGCCCAGGAUGAGGAUGAAAAUAUUUCGGCUUCCCCUGGAGAAAACGGAAUUGACUCUGUUCAUCGCUGCCUCACCUGCUUGGGGGAUCUGACCCGUUACAUGCUAGACCUCCCAUCGCCACCACCUUACCAUCUACCAGUUCGCUACUAUCUGCAGGCCCUUCAUUACCACCGGGAAGGAGGCCUUACACACAGUAACUUAGCAACAGUGUACACCAACAGUGAUCAGCCUCUGCUUGCUGCAGCACACUAUCUAAGAGCAUUAACAUGUGAAAAAGCUUUUGAGGCAGCUGAAGGAAAUCUAAAACGGCUCUUAGACAAAAGCCGUGCAUUUUAUGAGACAGGAAUUGACAACGGUAUUAAUAAAACAGCUGCAGACCACCAGAAGAUGUUCUUACAUACUGUUCUCACACUCGUCUCAUUCCUCAUUAACAACAGAGCUACUGAGGAAGUUGCCAGGCUUUGUCAGGAUGUUCUUGUUCAGCUUGGUAAAGUCUUAGAGACCUAUGAUGAUGGUGACAACGAUGUCUCAGAGAGGUCACCUUCUCCAUCAGCAACACCAAAUGGUCACACUCCAACAGUCCAGAAUGGUUGCGACUCUCCAGUGGAACCAGCCAAGAAGUCUCCUCUCUUCAGUCUGACACCUGAAUCAGUGGUGGCCUUCUGUGCAGUACUAGUUUUAUGUACUCAAAGGCUGAAGAAGCAAGGGUUGUCUCACACAAGCAUGGCUCAAGCUCUCCUGGUGUCUGUUUUGCUGACCCUCAUCUCCCAUGUUACAAGCCGUUUAGAGCAGCGCAUUUCGCUGGUGGAUCCGUCUUUCUUGACAACACUCUUGCCUGACUCGGAAAAGAAGACAGAGACGGAUAUAAAGGAAAAUGAAACUGAUGGACAGAAGGGAAAUAAGGAAAAUUUUGAAAGCAUUGAUAAAGUUGAAGGAGAAGUUGCCAAGAAAAAAAAGAAAAAGGGACGAAAUAAUAGGCUGAGAAAUUUGAGGAGGAGAAGGAAGGUGAAUGAUGACAGUCCAGUUCUCAGUGAUGAUGAUACUGGCUCAGAUGAUUCUGCAAGUGAUGCUGAAGAUAAUGAUAGAGAAGCAGAUGAUGAUGAAAUGUCAAGUGAGGAAGAGGAGGAAGAGGAAGAAGAAGAACUUGAUCUCUCACAGCUGUGCUCCUCAGAAGAUGAUGAUUCAGACGAAGAUGUAAAGAUUGAGUCUGACCAAGAAUGGGAAGGCCUUAGUGCAAGUGAGCACUUAGAAUUGAUUGGUCAGGAAGGCAUGCUGUCGGCUGUAUAUGUGCUUUGUGAUUGGCUGAAGAAGGAAGAUGAAGUCAUACAACUUUGCAUUAAGACAGCAGAUUCUUUAUGGACAGCCAUUGCCAAGUUGUUGAAUUUAUUGAGGGUUGACUUUGACCAGCUAAAAAGCAAUUCAAAUAUUGUGCGGCACGAUGUCAUUAAACUUGUGCAAGAAUCUGUCUCGGGGUCGACGGAUUCCCAAAGCCCUAUGCUGGAGGCACUUUGCAAGACGCCUUUACCUGAGGACCUAAUGCUUCAUACACUUAUAUCUUCAUAUCUCUCUGCAUCACACAAGUCACUCAACUUGAAGUCAUCUGAACUUGUUCUUUUGAGAAUUGGUCGCCUUGCUGUCUUCGGGAGGGAGCUGAACAAGAGGCAGGAUGCUCCUCUGUGGCACAACACAGACACGGGGCUCUACACUUUUUCAAUGGAAGGUGUUAUUGUUGAAGAGAGCAAGAACAAAGAAGUUGGACAGGAGACAACCAGCAGGGAAUCUUCGGCCUCCCCAUCAGAAGACGACAUGUUAAGUGUCCCCCCUGCCAAGAAAGAAUCAAAGCGACUUGCUGGAAUGCAGAGUCUCACAGCGCAGUGGCUUCAACACGAAGUACGUAACUUAGAAGAGCGGACAGCAAGACGUGCUACUCUCGGGUUGUACCUUGUUCCAGAUGCAAGUGUGCUCAUCAACCAUCUUCCUGCUAUCAAGAUGCUACUCUCAAAACCCACCCAUAUGAUCAUCAUACCUCAAACAGUUAUUGAUUUACUGGAUCAGCAAAAGCGCGAAAGCUUGGGCGCUCGAGAUGCCAUUCGCUGGUUAGAGAUCAAGUUCCGUCACGGUUCCCGAUUUAUCCGCUCACAGAGGCCUCAUGAAAGGACUCACCUUCCGCUCAUUAAAUACCCAAAGCGCAAAGACAAAGAAGCUUGGGAAUGGUAUCAGAUUCUGGAAUGCUGUCAUUACCUGAGUGCUCAAGUCCAGCAGAAUUCAGCCAGUGUGAAGGCUGCCACAGUGACGCUCUUGACAGGAGAGCAUCAGUUACCCAAUUCCUCCUUCUCUCACUCUGGUCUUGCCCAUGCUGCUGGUGCAGUUUUGGAGCAUAUAGAGGAGUUUAUGCGGAAAUGGCAAACAUCCACUAAAGGGCAUAGCUGAUCAAGAACAGAUGAAUGGAAAAGGCUAGCUCCUGAUUGGUAAUGACCCACCAUCCUCCCUAUCGGUGCGUCAAAUAGAACAUCCACCACCUGGCCCAGUGCACAUAUCAGGCCAAGUCCUCAACAUUGGCCCUGUGGUCAGUGCAUCAUGUAUGUGCAGAUGCACGAAGAAAGUAUGCACCAGGGGCCUCGGUGAAGUGUGUCAGUCAUCCCACAAUCCUAACUGCGGGUAUAUUGGGUUACUCUGAUUCCACCAGUUGGGCGGAACUCAGUCCUCCAUGGUUGGGUAUAGGAAAUUCUAGUGGAUGUUUCCAGAGAUGGUGAAAAUGUAGGUUGCAACUGGGAUUAAAGAUCCUGUUAACCUUUCUAAUCCAGUCUUUUAUUUCAUUUGGAAGAGAUAACACCUUUCAAUAACUUCAAAGCAUUGGCACCCUCUAAAUGCUGAGAGAAUAAGGUCAAAGAUCAUACAGUCACUGCAUUUAUACCAUGUGGCAAAUACUUGAAAAAUUACCCAAGCAUAAUCCAUUCAUGAACCUGAAGAGUACUAACAGGGGUACAUCAAACAAUUCAUGAGCAAAGAAUGUGUGUAGUAAAGGUUUGCUUUUUCUUUUUUUCCUUUCUGUCAUUUUUUAUCAAUGAUUUUAUAUUUGGGAUUUUUUUUUUAAUAGAUAGUAGUUAAUACUAUUACAUGAAAAAAAUUCUUUUACUGACAAAUGAAGAAAUUACUGUCAGAGCACCUCAGUUUUUGAAGACAUCGUGUGAGUUUUAACAUACAUCAUUGUACUUGUGGCUUGAUGCAUAGGAACAGGACAUAUUUCCUUGGUUUUAGAACAUUACUACUGCCUUGCAAGGUAGGAUUUAUAUACUACAGAAAGCUUGUACCCCCACAACUGUCAAGUGUGCCAAAAUACAGACUAAAAGUGCAAAAUUGAAGUUUUUCAAAUGCUUUCAACUUUAUAUCAGAAUGAAACAUCCUGCUGGUAAGGUUUUCAUGUGUAUUGUGGGUUGUGAUAUUUGUUUAAUGCAUUCAUUCAGUAUCUUUCUAUGCUUACUCGGUGAAGUCCCUGAGCUGAAAUAUAUGGAUUUGGACAAUUCAGAUUUGGCAUGGUAUACUAUGUCCAAGAGUUACUUAUUAUUUUUAUCUUUGCUGUGACCUGUUUGAUUCAUUCAUUUUAUGUUUUUUAUUUCCUUAUUUGAAAUUGCAUUCAUCUAUGGUCUUAAUAAAAAGAGAUAUUUCAUAGGC